GCUAGCCAAGGUCACAAGGAAGGUAAAGUUCUGAGAAAGCUUCUUAGCUUCAGGAGAUCAGUGAUUCCGCCCUCAUCAGUGGCAGUCAAAAUUCCGCCGAAAAAACUGGCUUCUCCAAAUGAACGCCGGAAAGCUGUGAUAGAUGCUUUCUCUCAUGCAUGGAAAGGAUACAGGGCAUUUGCUUGGGGCCACGAUGAGCUCAAGCCCCUCUCCGAAUCAUUCAAUGAGGUAUUUGGUUUUGGUGGUCUUGGCCUGACUCUAAUUGAUGCUCUGGACACCAUGUGGAUUAUGGGGCUACAAAAUGAAUUUGAAGAAGCCAAGAAAUGGGUGUUAGAGGAAUUACACUUUGAUAAAAAUGUAGAGGUAAAUCUCUUUGAGAUCACUAUUCGUAUUUUGGGUGGACUUCUGAGUACUUACCACUUAUCUGGAGAUAGCCUCUUUUUGGAAAAAGCGAAAGAUCUUGGACAUCGGCUAAUGCCGGCUUUCAGAACUCCCUCCAAGAUUCCAUACUCUCAUGUAAACAUUGGCACUGGUGUAACCGACCCACAUGAACUCUUCAGUCCAGUGGCAGCAGUGACGAGCAUUCAGUUGGAGUUCAGAGAGCUAUCUCGUCUCACUGGAGAUGAAACAUUUCAGGAGGCAGUGAGGGAAGUGAUGAAGCAUAUCCAUUCCCUGCCUGGGAAGAAUGAUGGACUGGUGCCCAUGCAUGUCAAUACCAGAAGUGGCUUCUUCACCUUAGUGAAUGCCUUCACUCUUGGAGCGAAUACUGACAGCUACUACGAGUGUCUGCUGAAGCAGUGGAUCCAAGGAGGAAAGAAAGAAAGUCAGUUGUUAGAAGACUACAUUGAAGCCAUCGAAGGAGUAAAAAAGCACCUGCUUCGGCAGUCUAGGGUCAGAAACCUGACUUUUGUGGGGGAACUUGUCGGUGGUAGGUUCGAAGCCAAGAUGGAUCAUUAUGUGUGCUUUUUGCCUGGGACUCUGGCUCUGGGUGUACACCAUGGACUGACCAAUGAUCAUAUGGAGCUAGCUAAAGCUCUUAUGGAGACCUGUUACCAGAUGUAUCAUCAGUUUAAGUCUGGGCUGAGCCCAGAAAAUGUGUACUUCCACAUUAACCCCAGAGUUAUCCAUAAGGAUAUGAGGGUCCGUCCUCAAGACAAUUUCAAUGUGCUGCGACCAGAGACUGUGGAGAGCCUGUUCUAUCUGUACCGGUUCACUGGGGACAAGAAGUACCAGGAUUGGGGCUGGGAGAUCCUGCAGUGCUUUAACAAGUAUUCCCGCAUUCCUUCAGGUGGCUAUUCUUCCAUCUAUAAUGUUCAGAAGCCAGUUGCGUGUGACAGUAUGCAAAGCUUCUUUCUGGGAGAAACACUGAAAUACAUGUAUCUUCUCUUUUCUGAUGACAUGGACUUUCUCAGUCUUGACAAAUAUGUGUUUAACACAGAGGCUCAUCCCCUGCCCAUCUGGACUUCAGCUUAA